AUGUUUUAUAGUCUUCAUUUUCAGACUCGUGAUCUAGAAAAAGAACUCGUACGUAUAAGAUUUUCAUCUUUAUCAAUCAGGAUUAAAUUAUCCGAUUUUCUUUGCCUUGAGGAUGGUGCUCUUAUUAACGAUACUAUCAUUGAUUUCUAUUUAAAUCAUAUCAUUGAGCAUCUUGCUGAAUCGUGUCAUAAUGUUUAUGUCUUCCCUUCAUUAUUUUGGCAUUAUUUAAUAUCAACGGACGAUUGUAUGAAAGUAUUGUUAAUGAUGACAAAAUUUACCAAUUCUGAAACAUGGUCGAAUAGUUUAUCUAAAGCCGAUUUUAUUGUUAUUCCUAUAAAUGAUUCUGAUCAUUGGUCUUUAGCUAUAAUAUGUUAUCCGAGUUAUUCAAGAAGAGAUAUCAAUAAUCGCAGUGUUUCCCCUGUCGUAUUAUUUGAUUCACAGCAGAGUGUUGGAAUACCAAUUGUUAAUAAUAUUUUGCCUAUGAUUACGAAGUUUUUUAAUUUUGUAAAUGUUUUUAAUGGUGCUUGUGAAGUGGGAUUAUGUAGCUUUAAUGGUUUUAUUCCACAGAAUUUGCCUCAACAAGAAAAUGAUGUUGACUGUGGUAUUUAUAUCUUGGAAUACGCUAAACGGUUUUUUCUUUCUCCUCCCAAUAAAGCAUGUCUUUUGAAAAGUGCUUUCGAUUUCUCAGUUCUUUAUCCCGAUUUUUGCAUUUAUAAUAAAAGAAAUGAAAUAAAACGAGUAAUAUCAACUCUUUGUAUUCAAAGUAUUAAGUGGAAGAAUCUGAUGAAAGCUUGA